UUUUACGAGUUGCAGCAAGGUUUCCGCGGCGGAUCGCAGCUUGGAUCGUAGGAGAAGGCGGAGCGGCGGGAGCGCAGUGGAAGAUCGUGAAAGCGUGAGAUCCUAGAUCUAUUUCGAACCGUUUUUUUAGCUUGGACCAAUUCGACCCAGUUUGACCCGACCCGGUUUAACUUAAAUUCCAGCCGUUUUUCAGCCGUAUUGAGUUAAUAGCCAAAAACGAUUCCUCUCUCCAAAGCUAUUUUUUUGGAACGUUAGGGUUAUCAGUUAUGGAAAAUAUCAACCCAUUAAUUGAUUUAAUCAUUCCUUUUAUUCCUUCUUCAAUUCUUUCUAUAUAUUGCUUUCAUUCCUUAUUCAUCUCUCAUCAAUCUCACGUUUAAUUCGCUUCUCUAUUCGGUUUCUUCCUUUUUUUUUUUCCAUGUCUUCCAUUCCAGUUCAAGCUUCCUCGUCUGUACCACCAAAACCUCAAAAAAAUGCUUCUGGAAGCAGAACUGACAUUGCUUGGAAACAUGGUGUAUCUGUGGAUGGAGGAACCAGAAAAAUCAAAUGUAACUACUGUUCAAAGGUAGUUAUCGGAGGAGUGUACCGACUGAAGCAUCAUUUGGCUGGUACACAACUAAAUGUUGAGGCAUGUAAGUCUGUACCUGAUGAUGUUAGAGUCCAAAUGUGGGAGAUUUUAAAAUCUUCGCAACGUAAAAAGGCAGUAGAGGAUGAAGAUGAAGUAGUAACCGGAAAGAGGCCAGUGGAGGAUGAUGGUAAUGCUACGCCGGCAAAACUUUUCAAGAAGAAGGGAGGGAGUACUCAAUCCACCAUCAACUCCAUCUUCAAAAAGAAUUUGAGAGAAGAAGCAUGUGAUGAAAUUGCUUCAUUCUUCUACAACAAUGCCAUAGCUUUUAAUGCGGCAAAAUGUGAAGAAUUUCAAAAAAUGUUUGAGUUAGUUUCAAGACAUGGUCUUGGAUUCAAGGCACCUUCAUAUCAUGAAAUUAGAACAAAGUACUUGAACUCUAAAAUGGAGGAGACAAAGAAAAUCAUUGAAGAACACAAGCUUGCUUGGGAGAAAACCGGAUGCACUAUUAUGAGUGAUGGGUGGAUAGACAAAAGAAGAAGAACAAUUCUAAAUUUCUUAGUUAACAGCCCUAAAGGUACGGUUUUUUUAAAGUCUAUUGAUGCUUCACACAUUACAAAAACCGCAGAUGCAAUUUUUAAGAUGAUCGAUGACAUUGUGGAAGAUGUGGGAGAAAAGAAUGUUGUACAGAUUGUCACCGAUAAUGCUGCCAACUACAAAGCAGCAGGCACAAUGUUAAUGGAAAAGAGAAAGAAACUCUACUGGACACCGUGUGCGGCCCAUUGCAUUGAUCUCAUGUUAGAGGAUUUUGAGAAAAAAAUUUCAGUUCACAGUGAAACAAUUUCAAAAGGUAAAAAAAUCACUCAAUUCAUUUAUUCAAAGCCUUCCCUUAUUUCUUUGUUACAAAUUCAUACUAAAGGAAAGGAUUUGGUGAGACCCGCGGUUACUCGAUUUGCGACAUCUUAUUUAACUUUGGGGUGUCUCAUGGAGAAUAAAGGAGGUUUGAUAAGGAUGUUCACAUCUUAUGAGUGGACGGUAACCAAGUUUGCAAAAACAAGUGAAGGAAAGCAAGUUGAAGAAGUGGUUAUGGAUAAAGAGUUUUGGAAAGAUAUUGUUAUCUGUUGUAAGGGUGCUUAUCCACUAAUCAAAGUACUCCGUUUAGUGGAUUCUGAUGAAAUGCCGGCAAUGGGAUUAAUUUAUGAGGCAAUGGACCAAGCUAAAGAGAAAAUUCAAGCUAGCUUCAAUGGUGUUCAAAGAAGGUAAUAAUUUAUUCUCUAAUUCUCUUCAAAUCUGACACUGU